AUGGUACCUCCACUACAGGCGUGCAUACCGACCAAACUGACCAGCGCAUUACUUAUGCACGGCCGUCAUCGCGGGCGCCGAACUUUUCUGUUCGCGGGUGAUGAGAGCAAGGAGGAGGGUGAUGAGAGUAGGGAGAAGGGUGAUGAGACUAGGGAGAAUGGUGAUGGGAGUAGGGAGAAGGGUGAUGAGAGUAGGGAGAAGGGUGAUGAGAGUAGGGAGAAGGGUGAUGAGAGUAGGGAGAAGGGUGAUAAGAGUAGAGAGAAGGGUGAUGAGAUUAGGGAGAAGAGUGAUGAGAGUAGAGAGAAGGGUGAUGAGAGUAGGGAGAAGGGUGAUGAGAGUAGGGAGAAGGGUGAUGAGAGUAGGGAGAAGGGUGAUGAGAGUAGAGAGAAGUGUGAUGAGGGUAGGGAGAAGGGUGAUGAGAGUAGGGAGACGGGUGAUGAGAGUAGGGAGAAGGGUGAUGAGAGUAGAGAGAAGUGUGAUGAGAGUAGGGAGAAGGGUGAUGAGAGUAGGGAGAUGGGUGAUGAGAGUAGGGAGAAGGGUGAUGAGAGUAGGGAGAAGGGUGAUGAGAGUAGGGAGAAGUGUGAUGAGAGUAGGGAGAAGGGGAGAAGGGACGAUGAGAGUAGGGAGAAGGGUGAUGAGAGUAGGGAGAAGGGUGAUGAGAGUAGGGAGAAGGGUGAUGAGAGUAGGGAGAAGGGUGAUGAGAGUAGGGAGAAGGGUGAUGAGAGUAGGGAGAAGGGUGAUGAGCGUAGGGAGAAGGGUGAUGAGAGUAGGGAGAAGGGUGAUGAGAGUAGGGAGAAGAGUGAUGAGAGUAGGGAGAAGGGUGAUGAGAGUAGGGAGAAGGGUGAGGAGAGUAGGGAGAAGGGUGGUGAGAGUAGGGAGAAGGGAGAUGAGUGUAGGGAGAAGGGUGAUGAGAGAAGGGAGAAGGGUGAUGAGAGUAGGGAGAUGGGUGAUGAGAGUAGGGAGAAGGGUGAUGAGAGAAGGGAGAAGGGUGAUGAGAGUAGGGAGAUGGGUGAUGAGAGUAGGGAGAAGGGUGAUGAGAGAAGGGAGAAGGGUGAUGAGAGUAGACAGAAGUGUGAUGAGAGUAGGGAGAAGGGUGAUGAGAGUAGGGAGAAGGGUGAUGAGAGUAGGGAGAAGGUUGAUGAGAGUAGGGAGAAGGGUGAUGAGAGUAGGGAGAAGGGUGAUGAGAGUAGAGUAGGGAGAAGGGUGAUGAGAGUAGGGAGAAGGGUGAUGAGAGUAGAGAGAAGGGUGAUGAGAGUAGGGAGAAGGGACGAUGAGAGUAGGGAGAAGGGUGAUGAGAGUAGGGAGAAGGGUGAUGAGAGUAGGGAGAAGGGUGAUGAGAGUAGGGAGAAGGGUGAUGAGAGUAGGGAGAAGGGUGAUGAGCGUAGGGAGAAGGGUGAUGAGAGUAGGGAGAAGGGUGAUGAGAGUAGGGAGAAGAGUGAUGAGAGUAGGGAGAAGGGUGAUGAGAGUAGGGAGAAGGGUGAGGAGAGUAGGGAGAAGGGUGGUGAGAGUAGGGAGAAGGGUGAUGAGUGUAGGGAGAAGGGUGAUGAGAGAAGGAAGAAGGGUGUUGAGAGUAGGGAGAUGGGUGAUGAGAGUAGGGAGAAGGGUGAUGAGAGUAGGGAGAAGGGUGAUGAGAGUAGACAGAAGGGUGAUGAGAGUAGGGAGAAGGGUGAUGAGAGUAGGGAGAAGGGUGAUGAGAGUAUAGAAUAG